UCAAAUUUAACAAUGAAAUUCACUUUGGUUCUAUUGAUUGUCGCUGCUUUUGUUGGUUGCGCUCUAAGUUGGAGUUGCACCGAUGCCUCAUGGGCAGAAUACAAGGCAAAAUUCAACAAGAACUACCCUGAUCCCGCUGAAGACCUUCGCCAUCACAAUAUCUAUUGUGAAAAAUUGGCACAAAUUAAUGAACACAAUGCUAAAUUCCAGAAAGGAGAAUCAACAUUCGAAAUGGGAGUUAAUCAAUUCACCGAUAUGAGUGCAAAGGAAAUGACUGAAUGGAUGGGUUAAAGAAAAAUGAUUUAAGACCAAGGAACUCUUAAUAAAAUCAAUAC